GGCAGCCCCAUGCAGGCCAUGAAGCGCCAGACCAUCCAGGCUGCUGGCCGCAACGCCUUCCAGGCUCAGCGCCGUGCCUACUCUUCCGAGAUCGCCCAGGCCAUGGUUGAGGUCUCCAAGAACUUGGGUAUGGGUUCUUCUGCCAUCGGUCUGACCGGUGCUGGUGUUGGUAUCGGUGUUGUUUUCGCUGCCCUCAUCAACGGUGUUGCCCGCAACCCCGCUCUCCGUGGCCAGCUCUUCUCCUACGCCAUUCUGGGUUUCGCUUUCGUCGAGGCUAUCGCUCUUUUCGACCUCAUGAUUGCCCUGAUGGCCAAGUUCGUAAGCAUUUCCGAGAUUUCGUGAGCCAUUUAAUGGAAUCCAAUCUAACCGACCAUUGCGCAGACCUAAAUUGCCUAUCGAGAGAUUGGAACAGCUCCGGCCAGUGGAUGGAGCAACUAAUAAAAGGGGACGACGUUGGACCGUCCUCCAUUGGGAGUUUGAUGGUUUGUCAAAUGCAAUUGGGGUGCCAACGUGCACAAUAAAAUAAGGAAGAUGAUGCAUCAUAGACGGUGUUAGAGAUUGGGGAAUUUGGUCAUCGAUGAAAAUGAUGUCCUCUGUCUCAUAGAUUUUGGGUUAAAACCCGUCACGCUCCGUCAUGGAGCCGAUUGUAAAAUAAAAAAAAGCCUCAAUUUUCAUUCCGUCUCUUCAGUAAAAUGAAGGGCUUUGAUCUGUUCAAUCUGA